GAGAGCUGUAUAAGGCUGCAGUACAGCCUGAGCACGGCUCCAAAGAGUUUCUGUCUCAGCCCCUGAAACCAUGGAAGCCAGCAUGGAUCUUCUCCAUCACGCCGGCAUCCAAGCCACACACUACCUCCAAACAAGCUACCCAGGAUCCCAGGAUUGGUUCCUCUUUGUCUCUUUUGCUGCCGACCUCCGAAACACCUUUUUUGUUCUCUUCCCCAUCUGGUUCCAUCUCUGUGAAGCAGUAGGGAUCAAGCUCAUCUGGGUAGCUGUGAUCGGCGACUGGUUGAACCUCGUAUUCAAGUGGAUUCUGUUUGGACAGAGACCCUACUGGUGGGUCCAUGAGGCCAGUUUCUACCACAACACUUCGGCCCCUGUGAUCCAACAGUUUCCAGUGACUUGUGAAACUGGUCCAGGGAGCCCCUCUGGCCAUGCAAUGGGUUCAGCUGGUGUGUACUACGUGAUGGUUAUGGCCAUUCUCUCCUUCAUGCUGAGAAAGAAGCAGCAAUCAUGGAAAUCCCGCUUCAUCAGAACCAUGCUGUGGACUACUUUUUGGGCCAUUCAAGUCUGUGUCUGCCUCUCCCGUGUCUUCAUUGCUGCCCAUUUUCCUCACCAAGUCAUUGCUGGUGUCUUCUCAGGCAUGUUGGUGGCUGAGUCUUUCCAGCGCAUACACUCCAUCUAUGACGGGAGCCUGCGGAGGUAUUUGGGUACCACCCUUUUUCUCUUCUCCUUUGCCCUGGGCUUCUAUGUACUGCUCAAAGUGCUGGGUGUGGACCUCCUAUGGACCUUGGAGAAAGCCAAGAGAUGGUGUGAGCAUCCUGAGUGGGUGCACUUGGACACCACACCUUUUGCCGGCCUCCUACGCAACCUGGGUGUGCUCUUUGGACUGGGACUGGCACUCAACUCCCCAAUGUACACAGAGAGCUGCAAGGGGAAGAAAGGGCAGCAGCGGACCUUCCGAAUGAGCUGUAUUGGGGCCUCGCUCUUUAUCCUCCACCUCUUUGACUCUUUCAAGCCUCCUGCCAAGAUGGAGCUGCUCUUCUACGUACUCUCUUUCUGCAAGAGUGCGGCAGUGCCCCUGGCAGCAGUUGCUCUCAUCCCCUAUUGUGUCUCCCAGUUGCUCAGUCAACAGGACAAAAAAAAUGUUUAGUAGUGGAGACUGGAAUUGUGUAUGGAAUCUAAAGAGAGAGGCUGAGAAACCUUGGGGAGCAAAGGACACUGCUGUUGACUGUCUUAAACAUGGUUUUAUCGACCAUUUGGGUCCUGUGGGCCACUGCAUGGAUCAUGGCCUUUGCUGGACUGAGUUUGGCACGUUGGCCAAGCUGCCCCUUAACAUACCAACCAGCUUUCCUUUGUUAUUCCCCAAUAGGAUGCAGAUCUUUCCGUGCUCUUUAGAAAGGAGGGCACUACAUAGUACACCACUAGCCCUGUUGUCCACCAUCAGGAAAAUCGGUUAACAGCUUGGUGACUUCUACCUGAGGUCACCCAAGAUGUUCUGUUUGAGAACGUUUUUCUUAUGCAUAUCUUGCGGGUGGUGUAGUAGGGCUGGCCCUUGGGAACAUGUUGAGAGUCCUACAAGUUGGGGUAUCUUCAGUUGACCACUCAGAAAAUAGCAUGCCAUGGUCACCAGGAUGGUACCAAGACCUGGCCCUUUUUGGGCAUGUCCAGGCUUACGAUGGCUGACACCGUUUACUGCUGUUUCUGUUCUUCAUAUUUUUAUAAUAAAAACAUUUUAUAGCAAUGAG